GUGGCUGGAGGAACAAUACAACUAGUGAAAAAAAAAUCCCCUUUGUCUACAAAUUCAGAACAUGGAAUUAUUUUCAUUCGAUUUUACAUAAAUUUGAAAUUGACUUGAAAGUUGAAUUGAAAUUCAACUUUCAAAAAUAUCGAAUUUUAGUUUGAUAAUAAAGAAGAAGAAGAAGAAAAAAUGAACAAGGAAGCUUCGGGUACGGAAGCUGGGGCAAAUUCAUCUGAUAAAGAUAAACUCUAUGAGGAACGUGGUCCAAAGACAAUUGUACGACUAUUGACAGUAGGAGCUUAUAUGUUUUCAGUGAGUUUCGCCGCACUUGUUCUCAGUGGUUAUUAUAUCUUUUUUUGGCACCCACCCAAUUCUCGACUAAUUCACGCUCACGCUUCUCAUUUGCGAGCCGAUAAUGAAAUGGAUUUUAUGGCUGCCGAUUCAUUGACUGUUAUUCGUGUUGAUAAAUCAAAUCAAUCUGAAAUUACAAAUGACAAUAAGUUUCAUGGAAUUGAUCUCGACAAUAGAUACUCUUAUGUUUCGAAUUUUAAUCAGAAAUUUAAUCAGAAUUUUAAUCAGAAUGAGGAAGAGUUGAGAAGACAAAGGGAGGAAGAAAAUCGAGGAAAUGAUUUGGCUAAGAAAAUGGACACCAAUAAAAUCAAAUCCAACGAAGAGACAUCACACCAAAAAUCAAUUGAAAAUACUCAAUUGUCAAUGAAUAAUAAAAAUUUAACAACUGAAAGGCGGAAAAUUUCUACAAAUAAUGAAAUAACAAAUGAAAAAGCAAAGAAGUCAGAUAAUUCAAUGUCAGCAGAGAAAUUGAGUCAAGAAAACUCAAAGAAAACCAAUGAAAAAUAUAAUUCUUUAAAUUCCGAUAAUAUCAAGAUAUUCAAUAAUUUUUUAAAAAUUUUGUAACAAACGAAUUUAUAAAUUUUCUUUUGUAGAAUUUUUUUUUUUAAUAAUAGG